CCAUAAUAAAUGUUUAUGUGGUUUUUUUUGGAUAAGAAUCGUUCGCACGUGCAUGUCACUAGUGAUAAAAUUGUCUUACGAAAAUACGAAAUCUUUGAAAAUAUCUUUAAAAAUGCAAACUUCUGAUGAGAGACCAAAAUUAUAUAUGGACGAGCAUAAACUGAAACAGGAUCCUCAUGAUUACGGUUUAGCUGACGAUCCCUUUGACAUAGAAAGCUUUAAAAGAAAGUUUAAAAUCAUUGUUGUGCGAUAUCAAGGAAAUGAAUUGGAGUUUGAUAUGGUUGGCGUUCAUCCGGGCAUUGCUAAUGCUUUUCGACGGCUGAUGCUGAGCGAAGUGCCAAGUAUGGCUAUCGAGAAGGUUUACAUUCACAACAAUACGUCCAUAAUACAAGAUGAAGUCUUAGCUCAUCGUUUAGGUUUAAUACCACUUAAAGCAGACCCACGACUUUUUGAAUAUCGAGGAGAUGAGAAUGAUCAAGGCACGGAACAAGACACUUUAGAUUUCGAGUUAAAGGUUAAAUGCUCGCGUCGUAAAGAUGUUAAGGAAUCUUCAAAUUUUGAUUCUAUUUAUAAGAAUCACAAAAUUUAUUCAGGGCAAAUAAAAUGGUUGCCUAAAGGGAAACAAGCGCAAAUCUACAGUGAGUCUGAUGUGGGUCCUAUAGACGAUGACAUAUUGAUUACUCAAAUGCGUCCAGGUCAUGAAUUAGAUAUACGGUUGGCGGCCGUUAAAGGUAUUGGGAAAGACCAUGCCAAAUUUUCACCCGUAGCCACUGCUUUUUACAGGCUUUUACCGGAAGUGAAGCUAAAAAAAGACAUUGUUGGUAAAGACGCCUUUUUGUUGCAGAAAUGUUUUUCACCUGGUGUUAUUGGACUUGAUGAGAACGAUCGAGCUUAUGUGAAGAACGCCCGGUACGAUACAUGCAGCCGCAAUGUUUAUAGAUAUCCACAACUUGCAGAUGCUGUAGAAAUGGCACGUAUACGGGACCAUUACAUAUUUACUGUUGAAUCAUUAGGAGCUCUAAAGCCAGAUGUUAUCUUCAUUGAAGCCGUAAAGUUGCUAAAGGGCAAAUGCCGAAAGUUUUUGGAUGAAAUUGAGGCAGCAUAAUUUUUUUUUCCCUUCAAACCUUUUUUUUUAGAUGUUGAGUUAAGAUGGAAAUUUCAAA